AGGAAACAGGAUAGGGAUAGGAACAACAACAAGGGCAGAAAAUUAACCACCACCACAGAAGAAUAGAAGAUUGAAAAGAAAUUAUUAACGUUCACGUUCACGACAUCAGGGAAUGAAACUCACCAACCAACAUUAAUUUAAAUUUACGCCAAGGCAACAAUAGGUUGUGUUUUUCUGUAAAAGGUUUAUAUGGUCGUAUUUUAUUGUGUGAACGUCUCACCCGUGUAGAAGUCUCACUAAGUAUAAAAGAUGAGUUCGGGAUUCAUAUCAGAAACUGAAAUUGCUGAGCAAAGAAGAGUUAGGCAAGAGGAAUGGGAAAAGGUUCGGAAACCGGAUCAACCUUUAGAAGUACCAGAAGAAGAAUAUGAUCACCGUUCUUUGUUUGAGCGUCUCCAAGAGCAAAAGCAGAGAAAGGAGUUUGAAUUUGAAGAAGCUCACAGACUAAAGAAUAUGAUAAAAGGACUGGAUGACGAUGAGGUGGAAUUUCUGGAUUUGGUUGAUAGAAGCAAACUUGAGGAAGAACGUAAGAAAUCAAUUGAAGAAGCCAGAGAAAUGGCCGACUUCCGGAACAAAGUUGCGACUCUUCAAGAACAGUCUCUGGAACAAAGGAUACAGCAUGAGAUUAAAGCCAAACCACCGCCUCCUGCCAGCAGCGGCCGUACAUCUCAGAUGAAACUGCUUGCUGGUGCAGUUGUGAAGAAGCGACCGGCUGAAUCUCAAGACACCUCGCCGAAGAGACAAAAGACUGAGCCUGAAUCAGAUAAGAAACCAAAUGGUGCGGGAGACGAUGCUAAGGAGUGUUCCAAACGCUCAAGAAGUGAAUCUGAAGAAGCUGUGCAACCUCCUCUCCGAUGCAUCGGAAUCCUGCCUGGUCUCACAUCCUACGACGAUGCUUCCAGCGACAGUCGCAGUGAUAGUGAUUCGGACCUAGAAGUUAACAAAGCCAAAUACGACCUUCUCGGCAGAAAAAUAUGCAAAAAAAUUGAAACUGUGUCUGCCUCGCAAUGAAUUGCCGUUUUCAAUAUUUGCACUUUGCGUAUGUACAAUUUCAAUUGCACUAAUGUUAUUAUUUUAUCAAAUGUGCUGCUACGUUGUACCAAACGGUUUUUAUUUUCUUUUUAAGCUACCGGUUUCAAUCUCAGGCAUUAUUUCUUGUACAUUUUUCAUUAGCUGUAAUGUUUAUUUUUAAGAAUGAAGGGUAGUAUCAAACAGUGAGCUGAUUUUAAUUUUUGUUUGUAAAUGAAAUACAAUUGUUUAAUAUA